AUGCCGGCAUUUGCUAUGCGCAAGGGGCCUGCUGUAUCGCUGAUCCAGGAUCAGGACAUCGUACUCACAACCGAGCCAGCGCUUUCCGACCUUACUGUAACCAUCAUAGGUCCCGCUGAAGAAGAUGGUGCAAAGCAUAUUACCGACAUACUGGUUGCCUCUGACGCUUGCAAGAAGCAGUCUCCGUACCUCAACACUUUGAUCGGUAAGGAGCCAAACCAUACCGAGCUGACCUUUGGAGGCGAAGCCAAAGAUGAGGGCGAGGAUAAGGAAGGCACCCUCGUCUGGCUUGCUCAUCUUCACGACCUCCCUGAGCAGCGCUUACGCGACUUGGGUCUCUUCGAGAUCUCGCUCAUAGGAGUCUGGCACGCCAUCUCAAUGUGGAGCACUCGUCAAGAUGGCAAGGUCAAAGAGAAACUGGGAGGCUGGUUCAACAUCUGGUACGACAAAAACAUGGCUAAAGCCGAUUUGACUGUCCCGAUUGCCCAAGCUCUCGCGUACCCGUGCUAUAUCUUCGACCACGCCGCUGGCUACGCGCGCGUUACUAAGUACCUUGCAUACGAGCAUGUCGGUCACAUCAAGGAACGCCCACCUAAGGGUUUCAAGGGUCCCAAACAGCUGCACAUCAACGAGAAGAUGUUCGUCGGUCCCCUGAAUCGUGCUCGUGGUGGUCUUCGCAACACCUUACACAAAUCUCUGUACUCCCGCGUUGGCCACAUUCUACGUUCCGGAACCUCUUCGUGCUCAUGCUGGGAUGCCGCUAUCGGUCGUUACCAGUAUGCCCUUACUAAGUGCAAUGCUUGGCGCGUCGACGAUGUCCUCAACUACUCCAGCAUCAACCAGGUCGUCGGCCGCCUCAAGGCGUUUGACUAUGACUACACGCCAAAAUGUGCCCGAUGCCGCAGCAUCGACUGGGAGGCUAUUGUGCUCAAAGCGCGGACUAAUACACUCGGAUAUUUCAACGGCAUGUGCCUCGAUUGCAUGGAUCGUAGCAAGCCUCGCGGUGAAACUCUCUACAACGAAUACGAGGACCACAACAAGUCUGUCGAUGGCCGUUGGGAUACGAAGUGCCGCAUCAAGCACGGCCAGCCUACGUGGUACAUCUCCUGGCUUGGACGUCCCGACAUCCGCGAGAAGAUUCUCCGGGGCCCUGACGGAUACCGGGUGCCUGACGAUCAGUGA